GAGGGUCGCAGCACAUGGGCUGCAGUGAAGCGAAGCCUGAGGCUGAUAGUCGAUGACGAUGACGAUGCCAACCCCAGGGACAUUGCUUUCACGUUCUCCGGCUAUGCCCCUCUAAGUGUGCGCCUCCUGCAACAGGUCAUCCAACCAGGAGGCUGGAGAGCAAUGGACGAAGUGACAAAGACUGCCACAGGACCAACUUUUGAGUGGGAGCAGUCCCCUGACGGCACCACCCACAGGGACGUCACCAACAGGACCCCUUCCUCCAUGCGCAAGGGACAGUCGGAGUCCGUGCCUCGCCUGGUAGCCGCUGUGUUCCUGGGAGGCGUCACCUUUGCCGAGAUCGCUGCUCUGCGCUUCCUCUCCAUGCAG